CGGGAGGAGCCGCUGCCGCCUCUUGUCCGCUUCACGCCAUAGCUGCUCCGCCGAGAUGGGCUCGGAGAAGGACUCGGACUCGCCGCGCUCGACCUCCAUACAUGCGGCCGCCCCGCCGUCCAAAUGCCCCAAGAGCGGCUCGGUGAGGGGCGGCGGCGGCGGCAGCAGCGGAGGAGGAGGAGGGGGUGGAGGAGGAGUAGGGAGCCGGGGCCGCCGCCGCCUCCUCAGCUUCCAAAGCGUCUUCUCGGCCGCCGCCUCAGCCGCUUCGUCGUCUGCCUCCGGAGGAGGGGUCCGCCGCCGCCGCGCCAGGGCCAAGGCCAAGCCGGAGCCUCCUCAGGCCAAGCCCGUCCUGGCCGCGGCAGAGGAGGACAAGAGCGGCCCAGCCGCGGCGGCAGCCGGAGCAGCAGCGAGUGUGCCGGGGCUGCCGCCGCCUCAGCUGCCCACCGGCCCGGUUGAAGGAGGAGGAGGAGGAGGAAACGCCGUUGCGGCCGCCUGCGCGGGGGUUGUGGGCAGCGAGGAGGGCGAGGGCUCCCCAUCAUCGCCGUCCCCGUCUUCGUCGUCGUCCUCCCCCUCGGAGCUGGAGUGCCCGCUGUGCCUGGUGCGGCAGCCGGCGGGCAACGCGCCGCGCCUCCUCUCGUGCCCGCACCGUUCGUGCCGCUCGUGCCUCCGCCAGUACCUGCGCAUCGAGAUCACCGAGUCGCGCGUCAACAUCAGCUGCCCCGAGUGCAGCGAGCGCCUCAACCCGGCCGACAUCCGCCUCCUCCUGUGGGACUCGCCCCACCUCGUUGCCAAGUAUGAGGAGUUCAUGCUCCGCCGCUGCCUGGCCGCGGAUCCGGACUGCAGGUGGUGCCCAGCCCCGGACUGCGGUUAUGCCGUUAUUGCCUAUGGAUGUGCCAGCUGUCCCAAACUGACAUGUGAGAGAGAAGGUUGCCAGACUGAGUUCUGCUAUCAUUGCAAACAGAUAUGGCACCCAAACCAAACGUGUGACAUGGCCCGUCAACAACGGGCACAGACUCUGCGGGUACGGACAAAGCACACCUCAGGCCUCAGUUAUGGACAAGAAUCUGGACCAGCAGAUGAUAUCAAGCCGUGUCCCCGUUGCAGUGCUUAUAUCAUCAAGAUGAAUGAUGGCAGCUGUAAUCACAUGACCUGUGCAGUGUGUGGCUGUGAGUUCUGUUGGCUGUGCAUGAAGGAGAUUUCAGAUUUGCAUUACCUCAGUCCUUCUGGCUGUACGUUCUGGGGCAAGAAGCCGUGGAGUCGUAAAAAGAAGAUUCUAUGGCAGCUGGGAACAUUGAUUGGUGCCCCAGUGGGUAUUUCUCUCAUUGCUGGCAUUGCCAUUCCAGCCAUGGUCAUUGGCAUCCCUGUUUAUGUUGGAAGAAAGAUCCACAGCAGGUAUGAGGGAAAGAAAACUUCCCAGCACAAGAGGAACCUAGCUAUCACAGGGGGUGUAACCUUGUCUGUCAUUGCAUCUCCUGUCAUUGCUGCUGUCAGUGUAGGUAUUGGGGUCCCAAUUAUGCUGGCCUAUGUCUAUGGAGUUGUGCCAAUCUCAUUGUGCCGUGGCGGCGGCUGUGGAGUUAGCACAGCCAAUGGGAAGGGAGUUAAAAUAGAGUUUGAUGAAGAUGAUGGGCCAAUUACAGUGGCUGAUGCUUGGAGAGCUCUGAAGAACCCCAGCAUCGGGGAGAGUAGCAUUGAAGGCCUUACUAGUGUCCUGAGCACCAGUGGAAGCCCUACUGACGGCCUCAGCGUUAUGCAGGGCAACUAUAGUGAAACAGCCAGCUUUGCUGCCCUCUCAGGAGGCACCUUGAGUGGUGGAAUGCUAUUGGGAGGGAAAGGAAAAUACAGUCGGCUGGAAGUGCAGGCUGAUGUGCAGAAAGAGAUCUUCCCUAAGGACUCAGUCAGCCUGGGAGCCAUUAGUGACAAUGCCAGCACACGUGCCAUGGCAGGAUCCAUCAUUAGUUCUUACAAUCCCCAGGACAGAGAGUGUAACAAUAUGGAAAUCCAGGUGGACAUAGAAACCAAGCCAAGCCAUUAUCAGCUGGUUAGUGGGAGCAGCACAGAGGACUCUCUGCACGUUCACACCCAGAUGGCAGAAAAUGAGGAGGAAGAAGCAGAGGAGGAGCAGGAACAGCUGUGCAGCCAUCAAAGCUGUGAGCAAAAGGACUGCGUUGCCAGCAAAACCUGGGACAUCACUCUAGCGCAGCCUGAAAGCAUCCGCAGUGACUUGGAGAGCUCUGACAGUCAGUCGGAUGAUGUACCUGACAUUACCUCGGAUGAAUGUGAUUCCCCCUGCCCCCAGAUGGCUGCCUGCCUGCAUCCCCCCAAUGCCAGAGGUGCUGAGAGCCCAAGUGCCCACAUUGGCCAGUGUGCCCAAGCCGAGGCGCAUAGGCCAGAGGAGAUAGUCUCAGUGUUGGAGUGCAUUGAGGCGCGAGUGUGACUCCUCCCUCUCCUGAGAAGAAGCACGCUGAUGGUCCCUGUCUCUACCAUGCUGAGGGCCAAAUAGGAAUGGGGGGUGGCUGUGUCCUUUGUUGGCUUUUGUUUAAAAUUCCCCAGACUGCUGCCCUGAUGUGGCUUUGGGGAAGUGGCGUUUUCUUACAAUUUAAAAAAAAAUACACUUUUUUUUAAUUUAUUGGUUCAAGCGCUUGGUGAUGCUCUGUGAGUUGUGCAAGAGUGUACAUAAAUGUGUGCGUGUACAUCGUAUGUCAAUUAAACAUACGCCUGAAGAACGCCUUUAAUAAAGAUUCCUGUUACCAGUCAAA